CUAAAUCAUGUUUGGGGUAACAUACCCUUAUCUUAAAAAAAUUCAAUAUUUUUAAUUAGAAAAUGUUCUUUUUGUCUCUACGCAGUUCCCCACUGAUCAAAACCUCUAAAUUGUAAUAUCAAAUUAUAAUUGUUGUGAUAUGAUAUUUUUUAGUUUCUUAAUUUAAGUAGUAGUAGUCAUUAAAUUUGUAAUUUUUUUCAUUUCUGUUGUAGUUAUAGGAGACGAGACGGUUGGAUAAAGAUUAGGUGGUCGAGCUUGUUUUUUUAAAAAAUUGUUUUAUCCAAUAUUUUUCAAUAAUAUUGUUUUGCUUUAUUUAUCUUGCUUAAUUGAAUGUAUUUUUCUUUCGUUUUCCUACAUUUUCUUUGAUUAACGAACAAAAUAAAACCUUUUUGAGAAUUCUCUAAACCUAACCCUUCCUGUCUGGUCAAAUAGUCACCGACAUGCCAGCGGUGCUGGAAGAAUUUGAUCCAAUAAUCGGCGAACCCAAGAUCGAAUGGGCGGGUUCGUGUUCCGGUUCGGGUCACUCAAGCGGGUUCUUGUUCUGCGUUCAUUCUCCGGAUUCAUCUCAUCUAAGGAUUUAUGUCUCUGAUUUCCGCGACAUCACUUGGGAGUCGGUACUCUCUGUUUUGCAGCUUGAAGACAUGAGGGACAGUGCUGGAAUAGGCGGCUCUUUGUCUCACUUCAUUCACUAUCUGGUAGCCUCCAUUAAGUCUGAAGAUGUAAAGCUUCUUUUGGAAGCACUGCCCAACUCAAUUGAUACUAAAUCUGCAAAGUUAGUUGCUCAGAAAUCAAAAGGGAUGCCUCGGAUUUCCUUUUCUCUCACAAAACUUACUGGUUCUGCUGCUUCUGAUGCUAUGGCUAAUCUUUCACUGGAACUUUUUAAAGCAUAUAAAGGCUUGCAAUAUCUAUUUAUGCAAGAACAAGAGCGCCGUUUACAGUUGACAGAAGUGAUAGCAGCUGAAAGGGAAAACAAUGAAAGCAUUCAGAGCCAACUGGAGCUAAAUUCAAACAGGCACAAGUUACAAAAGACAAUGAAUUCCUUAGACAAAGCAGAUGCUUCUGCUUCUGUAGUGACAAAUGGCCAAAAUUCCCCAGACAAAAAGGCAGUGCGGCAUCCUGGCCCAACAAAAGUGGCUAAACGUUUUAUACCAGCACAUCACAGGGCAAAAAUAAGGGGUGUCGUUUUGCAGGAUAGUGAAAAUGACAAAAAUAGCUAGAAGAUAAUCUUGUCUCAUACAGCAUAUUUUAUAAUCCGACUAAUAUUGCCUUUUUCAUUUACAAUACCAAGGUAAAGUUUUUACAUUUUAAGGAAAAGGAAGAAGCUUUUAAGUUUUAGGGCUGCUUGCUGUCUUGCUAGCCUCCUCCUGUAUUUUGUGUACCAAAUAUAUAUAUCAGUUAUGUUACCAUAAAAACUUGUGUUCUUGAAAAAUGUAGAUACUCUGCAUCAUUUCGUGCAUUGGCUUGUACAUAUUAGUAUCUU